AUGCGCCACUUGCAUCAACUCCACGCCCCCGGUCCCAUCUACUUGGGCAACCAUGAGCCUCUCCUCAAGUCGAUUGGAUCUCAAGAGAAUGCACUCGAGUUCAUCACAUCGAUUGGAGUGCUACGCGAUUGCUUCGAAGUCAAGGACAUGAAGGCUGUCAUCAACGACACUUUGCGUCAAUACUUUAGUUUGGAGCUACUUGAUCAUAUCAAUCAGACACUGCCAGAGUACAUGAAAAAUGUUGAUUGGAUUGCUGAAGCAAUCUGUACAACUCUCUCGAGAUACCUCAUCUAUAUCGGGUUCAAGAGGAGCAGAUCAUCAACAAACAGCAACAACAUGGCUGAGACCUCUGCCCCCUUUGUCUUGGCGUCCAUCAACAACAACAAUAACAACAAAGGAGAUCUGUUGGCACUCUUGAAACAGGUUCACGCACACUUCACUGUCACUGGACUACCGUUCUCCAUUGGGGAUCAGUCCAUGGUCACUGCGAUUAAGUGUGGCAGUCCUUUGGAUGUUAUUUACUUCCUGUUGGAUCAAUACGACAUCGAUGUAUUGUCGAAUGAUAUCGAUUUCACCAUCCAGAAGAUACAUCCAUCUCUCCAAUCGAUGGAGCUCAUUCAACGUCUGGCCACAUACCCAAACAUCAGAUUCUGCAUCAAAUCACUCAAGUGCUUGCUACAAGCUGGCAACUUUGAGUUGUUCCGUCUGGUUGAGCUUCACAUGCAGCAGCAUCAGCUAUACAUUGAUUACCCUAGGUUACUCAGUGUACUUGUCAAACUCCCACCAGAGACAGAGGUGACCUCACUCAUCACUUCCAUCAUACACAAACAUCCAGAAGAGCUGUACAUCAACCCGUAUAGUCGACACAUUACAAGUUGUACUCAAAUAUUGCUCAACUCACACGCGCGUGCGGCAAUCAUUGCGACCACAACGCCAACUCUGCCUUCUCCUUUUACUAUUGGCGACCUAGCAUCAUCCAUAUCAGAGUUGAAGCGAAUACCUUUGGCCAGUCAGCGUGUUGAGUUGCUUCAGCAGAUUCUGGACAGUGACAUCAUCUCGACACGCUACCGCCGUCCAAUCCGUGGUUAUCCAAUGGACUGUGCCAUUUCCGAAGGCCUCUUUGAGCUUCUCCCUGUGCUCAGUAUCAAAUAUCCAGACGUACAACUUGCACAUUUGGUGGACGAUGGAUAUGGCAUCGUGGACCUCCUGACACGUGAUGGCCUGACUGAGUCAUUCAAGAUUUACAUCACGCACAAGGCACACAUUAGUUCUCCAUUCCUCCAACAUGCUCGCAUGUCCUUUGACAACCUGGAAAUCAUUCAAUUCCUCUGCACCAACAACAUUUACUUCGACAUCCCAACAUCAUUCCUCAAAGCGGCCAGAUCUGGCGCAUUGGGUACACUCAAGUAUCUGACCGACAAUCGUAAUAUCAAGACGACCACUGAAGCAAUGGAUGGGGCGGCCACAAAUGGACAUCUUCACGUGUUUGAGUACCUUAAUACCACUCGCAAUGAAGGAUGUACAGAGCAGGCAUUCAUUGGUGCCGCCAAGAAUGGUCAUCUUCACAUCUUGGAGUUCAUGUUCUCAAAGUUUAAAUAUGAUUACCAAAGAUUGGUCUCGGUGGAGUCUUCACUGAAAAUGAUCAUUGAAGCAAUGGAUGGUGGACACAUUAAAAUGGGAACAAAUCCAUAA